GGGAGGAGACCGGGAGAUGAAUAUCGAGGCGUGCCUCGCGCUUCUAGUUCUACUGCCUUCUUAGAGAGAGAAAAUUCUUUCCUGUUUGGAGAGGGAAAAAGCUGGGUCUGGGUGUAGGCGAUUGUUUGAGGAUUGAACUUCGAAGAACAGAGGAGUCUCUACUUGGUUGAAGAGCUUUUUUCUUUUGAGUCUUUUCGUUGGAGCUGCCGCUUUCGAUUCCGUCUAUGGUGAAGAGAGUUGAUACAAAGAAGGGGAGCUUGACUUAUCUAUCAUCUGUUCAGUUCCCAACUGGACAAGAUUGCUGUUCAAUUUUUCUCCGGUUGUGAAGUUCUUCGGUCGUUGAGGGAGCAAGUGUAAGGUCCGACUGAGGGGAUUUCUUUUGCUUUUGGAGAUUAUUAUUGGUUUGGUUAAAAAAGAGAGAAAGGGAAGGACUGAAAUCGAGGAUGGAGUGGCCUGCGUGUUUGGAUGAAUAUGAGAAGCUUGUGAGACGGAUGAACACUCCGAGGGUCGUCAUUGACAAUGCUGUUUGUGCUAAUGCGACUGUAGUGAAGGUUGACAGCGCAAGAAAACAUGGAAUCCUUUUGGAGGCCAUUCAAGUUCUCACGGAUCUGAACCUCUGUAUUAAAAAGGCCUAUAUAUCAUCUGACGGCAGAUGGUUCAUGGACGUUUUCCACGUGACCGAUCAAAGCGGAAGCAAACUCACGGAUGAGAGCGUUAUCAGCUAUAUUGAACAGUCUCUUGGUACCUGUAACUCUACUACAACUAAUGGUUUCAAAGACCUAACAGCCUUAGAAUUAACGGGCACCGAUCGGCUAGGCCUCCUCUCGGAGGUGUUUGCAGUGCUCGCUGACCUACAAUGCAAUGUCAUGGAAGCGAAGGUGUGGACGCACAAUGGUCGGAUUGCGUCCCUAAUCUAUGUCAAGGAUUGUCUCUCAGGAUUCCCCAUCGAAGACUCCCAGAAGAUCAAUAGAAUCGAAGGGCGUCUUAGAAAUGUGCUCAAGGGGGACAAUGACAUCCUGAGUGCUAAGACCACCGUUUCCAUGGCCGUCACCCACACAGAACGCCGUCUCCACCAGAUGAUGUUUGCCGACCGUGACUACGAGCGGAGGUCGAGAACUGAAGCCACCACCGUGACACCAUCCGUCACUGUACAAAAUUGGGCAGAGAGGGGUUAUUCUGUUGUUAAUGUCCAGUGUAAAGAUCGACCCAAGUUACUGUUUGACAUUGUCUGCACAUUGACGGACAUGGAAUACGUCGUCUUCCAUGGGACGAUCGAUACAGCCGGAAAUCAAGCAAUUCAGGAAUUCUAUAUAAGACAUAGUGACGGGUCUCCAAUUAGUUCAGAAGCUGAGAAGCAGCGUGUGAUUCAAUGCUUGCAAGCUGCCAUUGAAAGAAGGACGUCCGAGGGGGUAAGGUUGGAACUACGGACGUCGGACCGGUGGGGGCUGUUAUCGGAUGUAACUCGAACAUUCCGAGAGAAUGGGUUGAACGUGACUAGGGCGGAGAUAUCGACUCUGGAGGACAUGGCUGUGAAUGUGUUCUAUGUGACGGAUACAGCCGGUGAAGCGGCGGACCCUAAGAUAAUAAAGGCGGUACGAGAAAGAAUUGGGUCUGGCAUUUUGAAAGUAAAGGAAUCUCCUUCAAGAAUGUAUGAGAACAAAGGGACUAGGAAUGAGGCGGCGCCGACGGUGGGCGGGGCUGGAGGGGCGGUUCUAUUAUCACUCGGGAGUCUAGUGAGGAGGAAUCUCUACAAUUUGGGACUCAUAGGAUCUUAUUCUUAAGAAGACAACAUGACCCAAAAGAGGAAGAAGAAGAAAAAGGGGGGAUCCAGCCACCUGUAGAAUAUACCUUGCUUCAGCUUUGAGUCUUUGUACAUAAAAUAUCAAAAUACAGAAAUGGAAAAUAGAAUACUAGAGAACUUAUAUAUGGUGAAUGACUGGUGAGGGUAGUUGUUAUUACUUGAUUGGUCUGGUUGGUUGAAUGGAUGAUGAUGGCACACGGCUGGAUGAUGAAUUGAUGAUGAUUCAAGGGGGAAGUUGAAAUUGGGGUAAAAAAGAAAGCUUCUCAGCCUUUUCUUUGGUGGGGUGUUAUUUUCCAAAUUCCAAAUUGUAAUAGGGUGGGUGAUCCUGAGGGUUGUUGGCAAGAGCUGUUAGGUUUGACUCUUGACGAAAAUUUUAUUUAUAGUGACACACAUCGUACAUAACGACUUUGAUUGAAUCA